GGCGUUGCCACAUAUCCGCAAUUAAUGCAAGGACGGCAAACAUAAGAUAAAGAUAAUUGCACAAUUACUGGCACCUGCAGCCGGCAAAUGCUGUAACGGAAUUUCCCGCGCCUAAAAGACGAUGGCGCGCAUGGCUAAAGCGACGGAGGAGAAAGGUUAAGGGCGCAAAAAGCUAUUUCGACAGCUCACCAUGCUUUGUUUUCUAAUCCAAUUAAGCGUGUGCCCUGAAAUCGGUGAUGCGGCGGUUCUGGCCAGUUGACCGCCGUCCGUUGCAACAGCUCCACAUUCCCCAAAAUAUGAACAGACUUGCGUAAAUAUUGCAUGGGCAGUGCAGAUUUAAAUAUAGACUACAUGUAUGUAUAUAGACGCGAUGUAAGUCAGUUGCAGUUGGCAGAAGACAACCAAAAGUAUUAAUCAAGCAAUCCAAACCUAUGUGGAAUAGCCGGUAUUAUGGCUUCCUUGCGCAUAGUUAAUAGAAACAGAUUAGUGUGCCGUGGCUUUGUGGCUCUGACGUUGCUGCUGGUCUUCUUUAAUGAGUUUAUCGUUUAUUACAUGGCCCAGUCCAGUUGGCAGCCAAUCGAUUGCAAACUAGAUAAUUGCACCCGCCUGCUGCUCAUUGCUGAUCCCCAGAUCCUGGGCAACUCCUAUGAUCGCUCCUCGCACAGUCCUUUGGCCAGAUACGAUUCGGAUAGAUAUCUAGCCAAGACCUUCGAGCGAGCCCUGGCCUUCACGCAGCCCCACAUCAUCGUUUUCUUGGGUGAUCUGCUGGACGAGGGUAAUAUAGCCACGGCCCAGGAAUACAAGCAGUAUGUGCAGCGAUUCAGGCGAAUCUAUCAAAACAAGAAGUAUAAAAAACGCGUUCAUGUACCGGGUGACAAUGAUAUUGGAGGCGAGAAUGGGGACUACAUAUCCAACUCGAACCAAAGGCGAUUCGAAAACGAAUUCAUGAGUGAAGACCUCUUUGACUAUGACAAUCACUUGCGAUUCUUCAAGAUAAACCGCAUGCUUCUAGACUUUACCAAUCCGGAUAGGGAUAAUAAUGCCGAUCGGCUAAGGAUUGGUGUGUCGCAUGCCCCGUUGCUUAUUGGCGGUGGACCCUUGCUGAGGGCCAUCAUCAGUGACUUGGAUCCACAUAUCAUUUUCUCGGGCCACUGGCACGAAUCGAGAAUAUUUAUUUACCCCUCCACCAAGGUGAUCAACUUCUAUGAGAACGCUGUAAGGCACUUUGAUCUGAAGGCCCUGAAAGAGCAGGAGCACAGUUAUUUGGAGAUAAUGGUACCCACAUCCUCGUAUCGCAUGGGGAAGUCUAAGAUUGGCAUGGGCUAUGCGGUGUUGGAAAACUACAAUCUGAGCUACACGGUUCUGUGGCAGCCGAAUCGCUUCAUAUUGCUCUUCACUUACGUAUUCUGGGGCCUGUUUGUCAUCUGCGGUGCCGUUGUCUUCAAGAUGAUGACCCGCUGUCCCUUCCGCGUGGCCAAACGACAGACGCUGUACAAUCGUGUCUCGACCAUACCUCAAUUUUAGACUGCAUUUUCCACUCCUCACGGACAAUAAGCUCCAGAUUCUUAAGAGUUGCUUGUAUAUUACAACUCAAAAAAAUGAGAUUAAAAUUUAUUUAUUUUAUAUAUAGACAAGCCGCCAAGAAUUCAAAUAAUAUUGCUUAGUAUUUAUUGAAAUUGAUUGUAAACUAUAAAGUCCAAAAGUGCUAAUUUUAGUUUUGAAUUAGAAAAUAAAUUUAAUCCAUGUCCUCCAACUUUUAA